CAAGUAAUAGAUGGAGAAAAGUCUGGUGUGUUUUGUAGACAGACAAACACUAGUAAUAUAAAUGAUUCUGUAUUCCUUAGUCCAUCGAAUAACAACAGUAUGAACAAUAUUCGCCGUGGUAUCGAUGAUGCUAACAAUAAAACAACUGAAACAAUGAAUAGAACUCCGAAUAGAGAUAUGGGUGGAUUGAAGCCGCCAUCAUUAAAUGCUGGAAUGGAUUCUGGCAAUAAUAUGCUUACAGACAAACCAGUAGGUAGUAGCAUUGGCAGACAUAAUUCAAUGCGAUCGUUGGCUGCAUCUAAUCGACCAACAAGUCUGUCAAGAACAGCAAGU